UCUUCAGGUCAGAAGCUACCACGACCUUCAACAACAAUGAACAACUAAGGAUUGUGAUGGUGGGGAAGACUGGAGUUGGAAAGAGCGCCACAGGAAAUAGCAUUUUGGGAAAAACAAGCUUCAAAUCAGACUGCUCCCCUAAAUCUCUGACUUCACAGUGUGAAAAGGUCUUUGGUGACGUUGGUGGACAAAGGGUCGCCGUCAUCGAUACUCCAGGUCUGUUUGACACCAGGAAUGUUCAGAAGGAAACUAUUGAAGUUAUUGCUCAGUGCAUUUCUUAUGCUUGUCCUGGACCCCAUAUCAUCCUGUUCAUAAUCAGCCUGGACAGAUACACAGAGGAAGAACAGCAGUCGGUGCAGAAGAUCCAGAAAAUCUUUGGCGAGGACGCAGACAAAUACAGUAUGGUUCUCUUUACCCACGGUGACAAGCUCAAAGGCAGAUCUAUUGAGGAGUUCUUGAAGGAGAGCGAACACCUGCAGGAACUCGUGGCCAAAUGUAACGGCCAUUACCAUGUCUUCAAUAAUGAGGUGAAGAAUCGCUCGCAGGUGACCGGGCUGCUCGAGAAGAUUCGAAGCAUAAAUGUGCUGAAUGGAGGAAGCUGCUACACCAAUGAGAUGUUCAAGAAGGCAGAGAGCGCAAUUGAAGAGAAGAAGCAACAAAUCCUGAGGGAGAAAGAAGAGCAAAUGCAGAAGGAGCGGGAGGAGCUGAGAAAGGAAAUAGAGCCAAAGUAUGAAGAAGAGCUGAGGAAAGUGAAAGAGAAAAUGAAAGAACUGGAGAAGAAACAGAUGGAGAUGGCCAGACGAGAAGCGGAGAACAGCAGUUCAAUCUACAGUUUGAUGAUGGGUGGAACCAACAAGUGUUGA